AUGCUUUCAACAACAGAAGAAAUUAAUCUAUAUCGACUUUUAAAGAACUGUGAAGACAGAUUAGAGAAACAACCCAUUGCUGUAUGGGAUCCCUCUGAAAAGAGAAAGUUUGCUACUUAUGUGAAAUACCUUGUUGAAUUACAGUCUCAAUCAGACCACACAGAGUAA